AUGGAGAAAAGAAAUCACACUUCCGUGACAGAGUUCAUCCUCCUGGGCUUCACAGACUACCCAGAGCUGCUGCAGAUCAUCAUCUUCAUGGUGUUCCUCGUGAUCUACAUUGUUACCUUGGUGGGGAACCUUGGUAUCAUCUUGAUAAUCAGGUUGGAAUCUCAACUCCAUACCCCAAUGUAUUUUUUUCUCAGCCAGCUUUCUUUUAUUGACAUCUGCUAUUCCUCCUCCAUCACACCCAAACUGCUCAUCGACAUCUUCUCUGUGACCAAAAGGAUUUCUUUUUCUGCUUGUUUGGCUCAGAUGUAUCUGUUUGUCAUGUUGGUUGUAGCAGAAUCUUUUCUCUUGGCAGUGAUGGCAUAUGACCGCUAUGUGGCCAUUUGCAAUCCCUUGUUGUACACAGCAGUUAUGUCUAGAAGGCUUUGUAUCCAGCUGGUUGCCAGUUCUUACAUGGGGGGAAUUAUUUGUUCCCUAGUUCAUACUUGUUCUAUACUUCGGCUGUUCUUUUGUGGACCAAAUACUAUCAGUCACUUCUUCUGUGACAUUUCACCAGUUUUAGCUCUUUCCUGUUCUGACACUCAUAUCAAGGGUACAAUGAUGCAAGGAGAAAACAACACAGUGGUGACCGAGUUCCUGCUCUCGGAACUGACAGACCUUCUACAGCUGAAGAUCGCCCUCUUUGUGUUGUUCUUUGCUGUUUAUGCUACCACCCUGGUGGGGAACCUGGGCAUGAUAAUCCUAAUCAGGUCCAGUCCUCAGCUCUACACCCCUAUGUACUUUUUCCUCAGCAACUUGUCUUUCUUGGACAUCUGCUAUUCAUCUUCUGUCACACCAAAGCUCCUAACUGACCUCUUGAAAGAAAAGGCAGUCAUUUCUUUUGCUGGUUGUUUCACUCAGUUUUACUUUUAUGUUAUAUUUGCCACCACUGAGUGCUACCUGUUGGCUUUCAUGGCCUAUGACCGCUACGUAGCUAUAUGCAACCCAUUACUCUACUUAAUCACCAUAUCUCACAAAAAGUGUGUCCAGCUUGUCGCUGUUUCCUAUACUGCUGGGAUUAUAAAUGCCUUGGUGCAUACAGUGGCUGCAGCUAGAUUAUCCUUCUGUGGCCCAAAUAUAAUUAAAACCUUUUACUGUGAAGGUCCUCCACUCUUUGCUCUUUCUUGCUCAGACAUCAGUCUCAAUUAUCUGUUGAUGUUUGUAUUGGUUGGGUUCAAUGUGAUAAUAACCAAUCUGACCAUUCUCACCUCUUACACCUGCAUCCUGGUCACUGUAUUAAAGAUCCCCUCUGCCAAGAGCCGACAGAAAGCCUUCUCUACUUGUACCUCCCACCUCAUGGCCAUCAUCAUUUUCUAUGGAGCUCUAAGUUUCAUGUAUGGACGGCCCAGCUCCAGGAACUCUCCAAACCUAGACAAAAUGGCCUCACUGUUUUACAUAGUGUUAAUUCCCAUGCUGAACCCCUUGAUCUAUAGUCUGAGGAACCAGGAGGUAAGGAGUGCUUGCAGAAAGGUCCUGGGAAGAAAAGCUGUUUUCCAGCAUGUAUGA